ACACAGAAAUCUAUGAUAAACAUUAUUGACCGGUUGAUCAGUGUCAAUCAAAAAUUGAACAUAAGUGCGGAUUCUUACUCGAAAGAUUUUUUGAGUUACUUCAUUGUCAUCACUAACUUCUUAGUUUCACUUGUGAAGAUUCUGUUAGAGCUGCCAAAUUCUUCCAUAAGAACCGUUCUGUCCACAAAUUUUGCUAAUGUUGUCUGCAGUUGGAUAAUUGUUCAAUUCACUCUGCUUUUGGGCAUUGUCGGCAAGCAGAUCAAGGCGGUCAAUUUAUCUAUUAAGAAAAUGAACGAUAUCAGGAGUGAUCUUGCUCAAAUUCCUGCAUUGAGGGUCAAUAGAUUGUUAGAGGAUGAAUCCGCUUGUCGAGACAUCAAUAAUAUCAAGAGAAUUUACAUUGAAUUGUCGGAAAUUUCUGGAGAAAUAAACAAUCUGUAUGGACUAACUGUUUUGAUUUCUCUACUGCUCUUUGGAUUCGAUGCUAUUGUCAGUUUACACAUUAUUUUCAUACUGCCUCCUCCAAAAGCAUUUAGUCUUUUUCUUUUCCACAUUGCGACAGGAUUGAUUGCUCCUUGGGGAAUUUUUUUGUUUUUGGUGCUAACUUCUGCAGUUUCCAAAACUACCGAUCUGAGUAAAAAAACAGGGCAAAUUAUUAGCUUACUGUCAAAUCGACGUCCGAUAAAUCCGAAAUUCAAGGAACAGCUGUAUAAAUUUUCCAAUGAUCUUUCGCAUUUUAAAGUAGAGUUUUCUGCUUAUGGAGCCUUGCCAUUGGAUCGAGAUUUCUUAGGAAUUGCUGCUGGAACUAUUGCAACGUUUCUAACCAUAAUUAUUCAAGGAGCAGAUGUUAAUUGAACUCCACUUGUUAGUGUAAAUGAAUAUAGAUCAUAGUAAGUAUUCUUAUUU